GACUUGGCGUUGGGAUUUGUGAGGGAAGAAACACCUCUCCUCUGCCUCAGCCUUGAAGAUCAAAAUAAGCUUUCACCAACUUCUUCGCAAUUUUCAGAAAAAAGAAAAAGGCAUUUUCAGAAGUCUCAGAUCACAAUUUAACUAACUUCUCCGAUCAAAUUCCGCCGGAGCUGAGUUACCUCUUCUUCUCCGGCUCCGAUCUGCUAAGUUCAGAGGAGUCUGUGAGGGAUGUCAAGGCCUUGGGUGCUCGUUUGUUUGCUCUUGUUAAUUGUGUUUACAUCACAGUUUGAAUGGAAGCAACAGUACGGAAAUGAAAUUGAAGCAAGUCCCAAUACGUCCAAGAGGCAGCAAUACCAAUCCGAAAGAGAAGAAUCUGUGAAAGAAAAAAUUAUCCUCUCCCAAGAGACAAACAUACAGAAACUUAACGAGCUUGUACGUAGUCUUAGAGAACAGUUACUACAGUGCCGGGGUGAGAAUGAGGUUGACAAUGGCACUACUACCCCUUUGACAGAACUUCUAACUGAGCUUGAGAAACCGCCUCUCUUGGAGGACUAGUCCUGGCUUAUACAUGUUAAACAUCAGCAUUUCUAAACUUGUAAGUAGGAAAACUUACUCAUCCUUAGAAGAAUCUAGCUUCAUCAUUGGAUUAUAUCCGAAUUGUAGUCGAAUUGAAGAGAAAACAAUAUUAGAUUUACUCUAUUGUACUAUUUGUAUGUAUUUAUGGAUGACCGAAGAGAGAACCCCAGUUUUUUCCCCUUUCUUUUCUCUUCUUUCCUUUUCUUUUUUCUUUUCUUUCCUAAUGUUGUAUCAAACUCAAAUUGAUGUAUCUGUUCAUAUUUUGUUACAAUUGGUGAAUGAUAGCAAGAGCAAUAUUAAA